AUCUUCCAUUAUUCUCUUCUUCUUCUUCUUCUCAUAACUCAGCCAUGGCUUCUUCUUCUGGGGAACCCUUCAUCGCAGCUUUCUUAAUGGCUCUCACAGUGUCAAGCUUGAUGAGUGGCAGCCUCGCAGCUCGUCGUCUUCUUCAAACAACACAACCUGCCAUACCAAACAUUCCUGGAAUUCCAAGUAACUUGCCAAAACCAACAGGAUUGCCACCUUUGCCUUUAAUCCCAACUAUUCCUCAACCCAAAAUUAAUGUUCCUCCUUUCCCCACAAAUCUCCCAAAUCUUCCCAAACCCAAUACACUUCCUCCUCUUCCUUCCAUGCCUAAGAUUCCAGGAGUCCCGCAGGCCACACUUCCUCCAUUUCCUAAGAUUCCUUCUAUUCCCAAUAUUCCAAUAAAUAUUCCCCCCAUCCCAUUCCUCUCUCCUCCUCCUUCGAGUUGAAACCACAGAAUGUUUCAUCCCAUGUUAGUUGCUUCACCUAUUGGGGUUGUUAGUUCUCAGCAGUAAUAUGCUAGCAUAUAUGUAUUUGUGUAUAUAUAUAGACACACAAACACGGGUGAUUUCACUUGCUGUUUUGGUUCAAGUUGCUUUACCUCGUGUGUCUGUAUGUUAGGAAGAGUUUGAACGUGUCAGUGUGUUUCUUUCUCUCGUUUUACAGUGAAAUUCCAAACAGUGUGUACUUUUUUAGUCCUAUGAGGUCUUCCGUAAUUUGUGUUAUCACUUGCUAAAUAAUAUUAUAUAAUCAUGCAGUUACUGCGAUG